AUGGCUGCCGGGAGGUUACUGCUCUACACCGGCCUGUCGCUGGCGCUCUGCGCCCUGGGCAUGCUGGCCGUGGCCAUCUGCUCGGACCACUGGUACGAGACGGACGCCAGGAAGCACAGGGACAGGUGCAAGGCCUUCAACACCCGCCGGGUCGACCCCGGCUUCAUUUACAACAACAACAACAACUUGCCGCUCCGGGCGAGCCGCUCGCGCCUGGACCGCUGGGAGGGCAAACUCCUGCGGGCCCGGAAUCGCCGGCAGCUCUUCGCCAUGAGCCCGGUGGACGAGUGCAGCCGGCAGUACAACUCCACCAACAUGGGCCUCUGGAGGAAGUGCCACCGGCAGGGCUUCGACCCCGAGAUCGCAGCCCUCAUCCGGAAAGGAGAAAUUGAGCGAUGCACGUACAUCAAAUACCACUACUCCUCAGCCACCAUCCCCAGGAACCUCACUUUCAACAUCACGAAGACCAUCCGUCAGGAUGAGUGGCAUGCCCUUCACCUGCGCAGGAUGACAGCCGGCUUCAUGGGCAUGGCGGUGGCCAUCAUCCUCUUCGGCUGGAUCAUCGGCGUGCUGGGCUGCUGCUGGGACCGAGGCCUUAUGCAGUAUGUGGCAGGGCUUCUCUUCCUCAUGGGAGGAACCUUCUGCAUCAUUUCACUGUGCACCUGUGUGGCCGGAAUCAACUUCGAGCUGUCACGCUACCCACGCUACCUGUAUGGACUCCCCGAUGACAUCAGCCACGGCUAUGGAUGGUCCAUGUUCUGUGCAUGGGGGGGCCUGGGCCUCACGCUAAUCUCGGGAUUCUUCUGUACCUUGGCCCCUUCUGUCCAACCUGUCCCGAGGACCAACUGCCCUAAAUCCAGACCCGAGAAUGGGACAGUGUGCUAAAAAACAAACCCAUACAUAUAUAUAUAUAUAUAUAAAUAUAUAUAUAAUAUACAUAUAUAAAACAAAACUAACUCAAGAUGAUGCCAGUGCCAAGGUAGAGUUGAGUUGGCUCAGGCACCCGCAUCUCGUUGGACUUUGUGUUGCCUCAUCACCGAGAUGGGGAAAGCAUUCCCAUCAUGUGGCUCUUCCAUCACUUCUUAACUUUUGGCUCCAUGGUGUCUUGAAGACAGAACGAACAUCGCCACCCACGAUAGCGUCCUGAUUCCUGUCACUCAUGAGGAUGGGGUGACGGGCAGGGAAGGGACAGUGCCAGUGUCCUGAAGCGGCACGGAAACAGACGAGGAGGUGCCGUCCGUGGGGCCAGCAGUGAGGACACCACCCCAACACCGAUCAUACCGCAGAGAAACGAAGCCCUUAGUUCGUAGAAUGUAACCAGAUCUUUGAGGUCAUUUGCAGAACCACUUCUCCUGAUCUUCCUGUUCUGAUUCCCUCCCUGACCCACCAGCGACACGCAAGACGUGGAGGAGAAAAGGACCGACAAGAAAGUUUUCUCUUUGUUGCCAAACUUUUGGACAAAGUGGUAGAGGUGGGAAGGGGGAGAGAACAAAUGUGCUGAGAGGCAAGAUCCACGUCAAUAAAAGGACACUUCAGUGGAUGCUCAGAAAACCCAGUCUUACCUUCCAGCUGCCUUACACUCAGUUAAACAAGAGGCCGCCCUGCCCCUGACCCCACCUGCACUCCUGCGAGGGCAGAUCGGAGCCUCGGAGUAACGCUGUGAUGUGCGCGUGUGCGCGUGCAUGCGUGUGUGCGUGUGUGCGAGACUACUCCCGGUGGAUUCCUUUACUCCUUUUCACCUUUUCAAAUGGAAAUACUGCAUCAUGACUGUUGUCUCCAUCAUUUGUGGUCGUUUCGUGGCCCAGGCCGGAGGCCCGAGACCAAGGAAGAAUAACGAGGGCCAAGCCAGUGCGGGUGCCCGUUCCGUAGCUUCGGAUCCCUGGAGUGUGUGUGUGUGUGUGUGUGUGUGUGUGUGUGUGUGUGUGGUGGAUGUUCCCUGAGUGUGGGGUUUUAUCGUUUGUGUUGCAUUUUUCUAUUGUUUGUAUGUGCAGCUGAAAUUCCCAGAGGGCAGAACCGAGAACAAAACCGCUGGGCCGAGGGCCCCAUGGUCCGUCAUGUCACAGUUCUGGGAUGCCACAGGAUUUAGUCCUCUAAAUCUGGAAGUUCAAGACAAAGCUGGGCACAAAAGCCAUGAGAGAAGAGGGGGAACACAGUUCAGGAGGGAGAAGGAACGUUGCCUCUGUUGCUGUUGUACAAGUACGUAUACACGUAUACCAAACCAGACCUUCACUCCCCAUCAUGGAAGCUGUCCUUUGUCACUGGACAUCUACCCCUUUCCUAGGGGCAACCUCUGUACAGAUGAAAGAAAAUGGGUCCCAUGCAGAGAAAGCACCUCCAUGUCCCAUGGGCUCGAGUUUGUAUGAUAUUGUGUAAAUUAAUGGAGAACUCUUGACUCUUUCCAUCUUCUUCCUUUUCCUCUUGAUAUUCAAGGCCAUGCAUCCCCAAAUAGCCGUCUUAGUGGCUAGCACCUAAACAGAGGUGGCACAAAUCCAGCCCAGUGUCUCAGGCUCACUUGAGCAAAUUGGCCCUGCAGGUGUUGGCAAACCACGAAGUCAGCCAGAGUCGUGGAAGCUGUAGGGACGAGAGUCUGCUGGGAAGAGUGGGCAGGAGCAGCUGACUGUCACCUCGGUGACCCUGCUGCGGCUGAGCAGCCUUGGGGAGGCAAAAAGUGAAUCCCUAGGCUGUACAGUCAUGGGUCAAGCAUGUAGCUGAGAAUUCAGUUGCUUCAUAAAUAAAUGUGCUUUGGGCACUUUGCCAACAGCUCAAUAGCCUUCCUUCCCGUCCAAGCACCUGUUCCAUCUCCCUGUCUUCUGAUCUGUCUUCCUACCAGUCCUCACCUUUCCUCACCCACUAACCACCUCUCCCUCCUCCACCCACAAGGCUACAAGUCCUGCCUGCCUCCUCAUCUGCUCUUUUGGACAGUGUGUGUGUGUGUGUGUGUGUGUGUGUGUGUGUGUGUAAUGCACAUCCACAUAGGACAUCCCAUGUGCAUGAAUGGCCUGAAUGAGGGUCUCUGUAAAAGUGUAGCUCUCUGGUGCAUUUUCUGUGUGUUUGUGUCAAUAUAACCUGGAUGCAGCUGUGGGUAUACCACUCAAGGCUUCCUUCCCAGCGACAUUGGUCAGCUUCUGCAAAAGAUCUCGUGUGUGUGUGCCUCUUGUAUGGGUGUGCUGAGAGAUGAGGGGUAAGGUGUGGAGCAGGAAAUGCUAGUACCUUCCAAUUGGGCUUCUAAGGAUUUUUAAAAUAAAGGGUUUAUUCUAUAGGAAGAGAACUCAUUUUCAAGAAAACCCAAUUUUUCUAUUGUAUACAGAAUUUUUAAAAUUUUUUCCUUGAAGAGUUGCAUUUCCCCCUUCAAGGCAUACUAGGGCUUGAGCAAGAGUGAGAAGUAGCUCAGAUUGAGAGGCCUUGUGUCUUCCUGCCAAGUAUCUUGAGUGGGCUCUGCCCAGCAGGGAGAGGCAGGGGCCCAUGAGCAUCUCUUUGAGGCCAGAGGGCUUGUCUGUGACCAGACCCAAACUCCAGCUGUUUUCCAGCAGGAAAAUGGGGGAAAAAAUUCUAAAGGGGGCAACUUGCUAUCACUUAAACUUUUCUUAAGUAGCCAUGUUUGAAGAUACUGCUUCACCGACCUGUGACUGUUUAUACCUUCUUUUUUUUAAUCCCAUGCUUGCCAGAAAUGGAUCAGCCACUCUUUCCAGCUACUCAUCUUUAUGAUCGAUCCUUAAUACCGCUUAUUGUGUCCCUUCAAUACUUUCCUGAAGUGUUAAGAGAUUCCUCAGAAAGAAGUCAACCACCUGGGCUUAACUCACCAUCAGGAGAACAGGAGCUUUGAGCUGCUGCUUUGGUAGUGGAGCCAGGUAGGAACAGAUACACGCUGAGGUUUGAUCCUGCUUGGGACCAAUUCAAAGCAUAAGCCACAUGACCAGGAUGGAAGCCCCAUACACAUGGCAAGUCCUUUCCCCGGUGACCUUGACCCCUCUAACAUAGGGAUCCAGGUUAAGACCUGCUGCCCCACACUAUCACUGGUGCAGUGGUUUGGUUAAUGGAGAAGGAGGGGGCAGAGAAGGAGAAGGAGGCUGGAGCCCCUGCCAACUUCAAGUCAAAGUAGAACCCAACCUUCUGAUGGGAUUUAGGGUUAGCAGCCUCAUUAAAGCCCCAGCCCCGACCCCAGGUCAAGUUUAAUUUCUUACAGAUUGUGCAUGCAAGGUCUCUGAUCAUGUAUGUGUUCUGAGCUCUGUGCGAGGCGGCUUUCAUUUCCCUCCUUAACCUACGAGAUUGAGGAUUCAGGCAAGUGGAGUGUCUGCCUGGGAAGAGGUCCUAUCUCUUUUUCUCCCCACUUUGAGAGCUUUGGUUUCUUCGUGUUUCCUUUUCCUCUCUCUCUCUCCACUCACUUCCACUUUCCUUCUGCAUCAAUUUAAAGUAGUUGAUCAAUUAGAAUAGUUUAGGAAUCUGUUUCUGGAGACACUCAUACUCUUCAAGUAGCCCCCUUCCUCAUUUGUUGUGGCUGUGGGCUUCCAGAGGAGAUCAGGGGCUUCCUGGCAUAAAAAUACAAAACAGAAUUUUUUUAAUGUGCCUAUUCCAGCCUCAAUCCUUCUGAAAGCCUUUCAAUAACUAUAUCCUUUCAGCUUCAGGGAUCAUAAAGUUAGGAAGACUCAACAUCUCCACCAAAUAAAGACAAAGCCUUCCUUGAUCACAUGUCCAUAUGCAGCACCCUGAGCCCAUUCUGGCAUCUUCUCUUGUUGGGAGGGGGGUGGUUUCCCCUAACAGUGUUUGCCCUUCCUUUUGUAAGGGGAGACAAUAUCCUGGAACUCUUGAGUAUGGAUGGGCCCUACCUCAUAACAGUCAUCCACAGUCAUGAGAAGAGAUCUCAAAUGAACCAUGUGUAGUUCUGAUUUAAUGGGGGAUGUGCUGCUUAGAUCCCUAAUGCUGCCCACCUGAGUCAGACUCAGAAUAAUGAAAUCAAGUUCAAUACCCAGAGCCAUUGACUCUGUCUUCACCUGACAUAUUCUGGGAGCAUUAAUUAACUGGUUUUCAAGUAUCUGAGGGGAGGGCGCGGGAAGAAAUACAUUCUGGUCAUCUUUGGGGUAGUUUGUGUGGGUUGCUUGGCUGAUUCUUACAGCUAAAGGGAAGCUGCCUUUUCCGAGAAUUUUCCUUCCACUCCAGGGGCUGACCAUCCCAGUGGACAAAUCCAGCCCCUUCCAGGGAAAUAUGAUGAGUCAUAGUGAGAGGUGAUUUCACUAUGUUUAGAAAUCAUGGGUGCAUACCAGGCAGGUUGGCUUCCAUGCCAUCUUCUAGCUGGUAUCCAAUAAAGUAAGGGGACAGGUUUUUUAAACAAGCCCACCUGAGUUGAUAGACACAAAAGAUGCUGGUGUCUCUCAAAGCAGUCAACUUGGUGGGCUUUGUUUGCACUCUUUCCAUUGAUGCCUCCAUGGUGCAAAAUGUCUCCUAAAACAUUAUUGUUAGUUCAUAGAUUACAUUGUUAUUGGCUGUUGGAUUACUUUUUCUGAACAAUAGGAAACUGUAGAAAAUUAGAAAAAUAAAGUACAAAAAAAAAAAAAAGACUAAAGGAUUGUUUAUAAUUCCAUCACUCAGGGGCGUCAUGAUGGUCACAGCCCCAGCACUUCCACGGUCAGUGGUUGUCUUGGGUUGGCAACUGGGGCUAGGAAUGUAGUCCCAGACCGCAGAACCGCACUGGUCUGCAUGGACUUGACCCUGUGUUCAUAACAGAAGGAGCACAGGGCUCUGAGCCCCGAAAGACCACAGAGAGACUUUUUGAAAAAGUCAGUGCCAGAGCUUAGAGAUGAGCAGAACAGAGUGAAAAGAUUCCUGCUUUGGUAUUUUUCUUUCUUUCUUUCUUUCUUUCUUUCUUUCUUUCUUUCUUUCUUUCUUUCUUUCGAGUGCUUUCUCAACCUAAUUAUAGGUGUAAGAGCACUGAAGCCAGAGUAACUCACUAAUUAAGCUGCACAUCUAUAGUGCAGUUACUGUAAAGUUCAUUUCAGCUCUGCACUAAAUGAUUUGUGACUCUGGGCACUGUGUCUUCUCCAUACUUGAACUUCCUCAUCCACAAAAUGAGGAUAGUGAUAACACUUUACCUCAUGGUAUAUUAAGGGUGACAAGGAAAUUGCAAAGUGAUUUGCAAACAUGACGUGUCACAUAAAUUACGCAUUGUUCAAAUGAUCCUGCAGCAGCAGAGCCCCCAUCAUGCGGAAUUCUUCUGUGUGAUGUCUGGUCCUCACUGCUGGAAGGACAAUUGGGAGUGAGCGGUCAUCUUGGCCACCAGAUAGGGCCGUUCAAUCCAACUUCAGCAUGUGGGAUUGUUUUAUCAUUCGAGUCCCUCACAGAGGUUGGCUCCUUAAUUUACCCAUUCUCAGGCUUCCUUCCUUUUGUCCAAAGCUAAUUUUGCAAAGGGCACUCUUAAUCCCUCUCGAUUAUUCCCAGAGGUCACGGAAUGAGUAAACCAUCUGAAGCAAGUAGCAUAUGAGCUAACACAGUUAACUAUUAAGCAAGGCAUGGGGUCAAUGCCUUUUUUUUUUCUCUUUUCUUCAAACAUGAUUUAUGGCUGUACAUGCCCUAGCAGUGGGAACAGAUCAGGGUCUGAAACAUUUUUUAAUGGUCUUUUAAGUUUAAGAUGGGAACCAGUUUCAAAGAACUGGAAUCUUCUUUCUCUUGUCAGUUGGUAAAGCAGAUGGCUUCAUCAAAAGCAUAUGGGUUCUCAUAGGAAGUCCUUUGGAUGGUGCAUUCACUAGGAGAUGUUCUGGGUGUGAUCCUAUUUGGGAAAAACUGAAUCCUAGGUUCUAGACAAGAAUGCACUUCCAAAAGGGUCUGCACACUUUGUGCUUUGCAGGGGAUCUGGUUUCAAUGUUAUAGUGAGACCUUCUCUAAGAGAAGUCCAAGUCCUUCCUCACUAUAAGGAUAGGGCCCAACCAAGAAUGGGGGAGACUACCCAACCACAGGGGGUGUUUGUUCACUCUUGAGAAGCAGAAAAUUGGGUGUAAGCAUGGAGGGGUGCACAGUGGUAGCUCAAACCUGGCCUCACUUUGACAGAUGCCAACUUUGGCAACUGUAAUCCUAUUCUUCAUUUCCAAGGACUGAGUGUUGCUCCUUGGGGAACUCUUGUGUCUCUCUCUCCUGUCUCCCCUGACUCCCUCCGGCCAAACCUCUCCCUUCUUUCCCCAUCACCUGGAGACCCUCUCAAGCCUGAAUGUUUUGGUGUGUCUGUGUUGUUGUGGAUGUGAUGAUGCCUUUCACAUAGGGAGCUUUCACUAACUCAUUCUCGGACUACUUUCCCACUCCCACCCAUGGUGUGACUGUUUUAGAUCUAAGACUAUUUGUAAAAAUGUACAAAUAAAAGUGGAAACUGAAAAUAAGGGGGAGGGUAUUGAGACUAGACACACGCGUUGACGUAGCCCUCAGUUUUUGGAGGACUUAGGUAGACUGCCCUAGAAUCCUGACUCCAGGUGGGAUUUGAAGGGAAGGAAGCUGUUGGCACAGGAGUUGUUGUUGUUGUUGUUGUUGUUGUUUUCUGGUUGCUUCUCUUGACGGUCACUAGUGUCUGCUUGGGACCCUCUGUUCUAAAGCUUUUUGCCUUUAAAGUAAAAUAUAUUUUCCAGAAAGUCAAAGCAAGUCAUCCAAGUCUGAAGGGCGAAGGUCAUCGCGAAAGUCACCACAAAGACCUGAUCCUGGGUUCGCAUUCGUAGCUUUGUUACUGGCUCUACUGGGGGCCUCAGGCGAGUCUUGUUACCUCACUGUCUCUGUGUCCUCUCAGCCAAAUGGGGAGCAGGGGGCUCCUGGGGUCCCUGGGGCACCACGUCUCCUUGGCCAUUCUGCUGCUAUCCUUAGAGGCUUCGGCCCACGCAGGUGCGUGUGCUUCCCCCCUGGAGGUCCGUUUGGAGAGUUUUAUUCCCUGCUCCUCUUGCCCCUCUCACUCCGCAGAAAGUAACCUCAAGCUAACAGCCAGUUUGUGCUCCAGUCCAAAGCCUUUGAUCUACCUUUUUGUUCUCAGAUGCCUUUUCCCACCCACUUUGCCAUUCUCAUUUUACUAUCCUGAUGGAGUUUUGCCAGCUGGGAUAGGAGAGUAUCAAAGGAGAUGGUGCCUGUGAAUUGCUUUGUAAUCUGUGACUGACUCACUGUACAAACAUGGCUUGUGAUGUCAGAAGCAGGGAGGUUUGCUAAGGGAUGCCGCCAAGCAGAAGGGAGACAGCCCUGGUGGGUGGUGGGGUACGGGCCGUGGGCAGCAGACGUGAGUUGCCUAUGGAGGUAAGAUAAAGAAAGCUUUGUGAAGGGGUAAUGGGAGAAUCACCAGAGCAUCCUCAGCAUGGCAGGGAUGAAACAGGAAGCCCUGAGAGGCAGGGAAGUAGCAGGAAGUAGGAAAGAAGGACGGGGAAUCCUACAGCACAAGGAGGUGCCUCCCCUCGGACUGAGAAGAUGAGGUGCCCUGAGGUGGGGCCUGUAAUCCAAGCCUUCCUCCUUUCUGAUGGUCCAAGUGAUCAUCACUCCUGGACCGGUGUCAGGAAGGCAAUUUAGACCAGUGCUGUCCAACAGAGAUAGAAUGUAAGCCGCAUAUGCAAUUUUAAAUAUCCUAGUGGUCCCAGUUUUAAAAGUCCAAAUAAACAGUUGAAAGUAAUUUUAACACGUUUCCACCCAACAUGCCAAAACUAUUAUUUUAAUGUGGAAUCAAUAUAAAACAUUACUGAGAUAUCUUACAUCCGUUUUCUUUUAAUGAAGUCUUUGAAAUCCAAUGGGCACUUUAUUCUUAGAAAGCAUUGCAGUUUGGACCAGGCACAUCUCCAGUGUUCAACAGCCACACAUGGCACCUGGCUACCAUAUAGGACAGCAAAGAUUGAGACUCUUUGUUAAGAUGUCUAAUCGGACCCCCUCCCCCAUGAGUCACUUGGAUCUCCCAGGUGAUAGAGGCCAGAGGUUGGCGUUGGCCCAGAGUAGAGCACAGCAGGGGCAGCCAGUCUGCUAUCCUAACCCCUGAAAUUCUGCUUCACCUGCUUAGUCAGAGAGGACUAUUGCUUGUCAAAUACAUGUCACCUGUGCCCCACAGGGUGUCAGCACUGCCCCUGGGCAUGGCGCCAAUGACUCCUCGAAGUUCUAGAGGCUAGAGCAGGUCACUUUCUUCAGCUAUGAGAGCACCAACUUAUCCCUAUGCACAUGCCCUUUACGUACAGUGGUCAGGGGGGCUAGACAGGCCUCCUCUUGGUCAAGAAUAAUGAACACACCAUUUUGUCAUCUAGUCCAAUCACCUGCUAAGAACAUCUCAACAAUAUUCGGAGCUGUUCCUUUCAGCCCCUUAAUUUCCUUACAUUUGUAUCUUUAAGUCAAGUGCUAAAAGGGGAUCCACUGGAGAGAGCAGUGACCACAGGCAAGACUGGGUUUUCUAGGAGGUGGUGGUGAUGACAGGUCCUAUCCUUUGCACUGGGACUCAGGCCGCCACUGCCUAUCUGUCCUCCCUGACUAGAGACCUUCCUUAGAUGCGAAGAAACCUCUUUUGUGUGGGGUGGGGGUGGAUGGGGAAGAAGACAGUUUUCCAAGAUGUUAGCACAGAGAACAGGAUAAAAUGCAAGCAAGCCACCCCUGGGCAUACUCAAAGCAUUUCAAAGAGCCAGUAUGACAAGAUUUAACUCAUUUAAAAUAGAACAUUCUGAGCCUGUGUUACCAAGCGAAAGAAAAUGAGCCCCUUUGGUGAGUAUGUUUUCUAUAUGGUCAUUAGACAGGGAUCAUAGCUGACAAAACUCUCGAACACCUGGAGUGUUUAUGGUCCACCAGAUUAUUGCUUGGUCAAUAUAGAUUUCUACAAAUUUACCCUUCAUUUGCCUAGUGCUUUCCGACUGGUUAGACAAGGAGUGGUGUGUGCUGCAGGAUUCCAACACCGCCUCUGCCCUGGGAGGUAGCAAAUUCCUGUGGUUAUUGGUGCUAAAAUAAGAUUAAAUAUUCUGUUAAUUCAUUCUGAUAUGAUGUGAAUAAAUGUGUUGUUUCAUCUUAACAAGAAUGCUACAUCUUAUCAGCUCUAUUGUGCUGUCUGUUACUUCUCAUAAUUAAUUAAUUACAGGAAAGGUGAUCCAAACCAGAUCUCGAAACGAUUGUACUCUUCGGAGAGGUGAAUGUAACAGGGAAGUGGGA